AUGGACGAAUUCAUUGACGCCCGCUUCGAGCGCGUCGAAAAGGCGCUCGCCAGCCUCGUCGAGUCCGUCUCCAAGUAUCACCCGUACGCGAAGCAGGCACUCGACCUGCAGGAGGCAGACAAGGAGCUCUCCCGAGGGCUCGAGUUAGUUCAGCAGCAUCAGAACAACCAUCUUCGCCUGCAAGAACUCCGAACCACAUCCUCGGCUCUCGACGCCCAGAUUCGUGAAACUCUUUCCACCCUCGCAUCCACCCGGAGAGACAUCACCACCACCCACAUUACCGUCCACGGAGACGAGGACCACUAUCCCAUCAAGUACGAGGAGCUCCUCAACUAUGCUCGCCGCAUCAGCAAGACGACUCUGCCCCCGGCAGGCGUGACAAACGGCGUCAUGUUCGAACCGGCCACGUCCGAGGACCCACCAGCAGGCGCCGUCACCAACGGCGUCCAGAGCGCCGUGACGAGCGCUGCGCCGACGCCCUCAGGUGCACCGACGCCGGGCGCGCCCACGCCAGGAGCCCAGACGCCCGCCGCCCCGACACCGACCCCGCAGCAGCUCCCCGACCCAUCGGGCCUCAACGGCGCCCCGUCCCAGCCGCCCGAGCAGCCAGGCGCAGCACCAGGUGACAACCCGUCCGGUGCUCCGCUGGGCAUCACGACAGCUCUGCCCUCAGGCCUCCGCGACCACCUCGACGCCAACCACGGCACCAUCUUCCUGCCGUGGCCGAACGAGUACCAGAUUGGCGGCGGCGCCCUCGCCGCGUGCCAGGACCUCUCGGAGCGCGGCAUCGACCCGCGUGGCUACGACCCUGUCGCCGUCGCCGCUGAGGCCAAGCGCCGCGAGGAAGAGGACAAGGCGGCCAAGGCCGAGCUGGAACGCCGCAAGGCCGAGGAGACGCGCCGCAAGAGAGAGGAGUGGGAGGCCAACCAGCGUCGGCGCGCCGCCGAGGCCGCGCAGAAGCCCGAGCCGUCUGCGACGUCGCCCGCGCCCCGCCGCGGGCAAGAAUGCGCAGUUCCAGUUUACUAG